CUUCAAUACUCAGUGGCACUAUAUUCAGAGCGUUUUCCCUUCUGUCCAGACAUUCUUCUCCGGGGGUUCUCCUCUACAUCCCGCCCCCCUGCAGAGUAGGGCAGCUUGCCGGUCCUCCUGCGAGUCUCUCCAGCCGGCUGCGUCCCGCAGCUUGAGGUACACCUCGCUCUGCACUGCAGGGACCUUGCCAGAGGAGGCCCAGGGGGAGCAACGCGCGUCUGUCUGCCCCCGCCCAGUGGCAGAGUUGGACGAAGACAGGAUCCUGCUGCUUGGAAGGCUGAGUUCCACAUCUAACCGAGCUCAGAGAGGUCAGGAAAGGAGGUGUUCUGGAUGGAAGGCUGCUGGAAGCCCAUCACCAUAGCCAGCUCUUCAACACUUACGCAUUUAUCUGGGCAUUAAGUAAUGAAAAUUUUGAAACCAUAUAUGAGGAAUACAACCAUCUCGUGGUACUUGUGUUUCCUUCUAAACAGUCAUUUUUUAACUGAGGUUGGCAUUCAUGUCUUCAUUUGGGGCUGUGUUGGGGUAGGUCUCCCCAAAACAGAGGCCAACUGGGAAGAUGUGUUAGCUGAUCUAAAUAUUAUUAAAUCUGAUAUUCAAUCUAUUCAUAUUGAUGUUACUUUAUACACUGACAGUGACUUUCAUCCUGGUUGCAAACUUACUGCAAUGAAGUGCUUUCUGCUGGAAUUACAGGUCAUUUCACACGAGUACAGUCACACACGCCUUAAUGAAACAGUAAACAAUGUGAUGCUCCUAGCAAAGAGCAAUCUGUCUUCUACCAAGAAUGUAACAGAAUCUGGCUGCAAGGAAUGUGAGGAACUGGAAGAGAAAAAUAUCAGGGAAUUUGUGCAGAGUUUUAUCCAUACUGUACAAAUGUUCAUCAACACUUCUUGAUGGCAGGUGGUCCUCAUCAGGGUUUCCACUCUUACUACACCUCUGCCUGCUGUGCCAAGGCAGCACAGCUCUGUGCAUUUGAGAUCUGCUGGGAAAACAAAGCUGCCUAGGCAGAAGCUAAUGAGCCACUUGGAUCAGAUGAACUCGGGGAGAUAAGGGGGGUGGGGAAGAGCUCUUCUUAGGCCUGUUCUGCUUGCUUAUUUUUAAUUUAUUACUG